UACGGUCGGCCAAGUCGUUCACCGUCCUACCCCAGCAAUCAAUGGCUUCCAUUUGACAAAUCUUCGCACUGUUUUGGCGGUGACUACGAACGGUUGAUCGCAUCUUUCACGCUCAUUUCUCCAAAGGGGUUUGACCCAAACACUACAACUCGAACAACCUACUACAAUGACGACAGCAACGGAACCUGAAGCUGGACCGUCCACAUUGGCGCCUGUAUCGGAGCACUUACAAGAGCCGUUCCAGCAGCAUAUCAUACCAGUCGAGAACUUCAAUGACGGUCCUAUGUUUGAGGUUGACAAUAUCGACGAAAAGUCUGACCCUGGAUUCGAAGAUGGCGACUAUCGAUCGGUCACUGUCUCUUUGAACAGAACGAUUCGGGAGUACCGCCAUAUAAACGGCCGGUCGUACCACAACUAUGACGGCGCCUACUACUGGGCACCAAACGAUGACACACAAAAUGAUCAUUUGGACAUGGUUCACCAUAUGAUGUGUCUCGCUUACGACAAUCAGCUGUUCCUUGCUCCCCUGAAAAAUCCCCAGAGGGUGUUGGACGUCGGAUGCGGAACUGGCAUCUGGUGCCUUGAUUUUGCAGAGCAGUUCCCGGGCGCCCAAGUCAUCGGCACCGACAUCUCCCCCAUUCAACCACGCUGGGUCAGCCCCAACUGUAAAUUUGAAAUCGACAACUGCGAGCUCGAAUGGACCUUUGCAGAAAACGAGUUCGACUACAUACACAUCAGCUCGCUCAUCGGCUCCAUCCAAGAUUGGCCCAAACUCUACAAGGAAAUUCUUCGCGCCCUCAAGCCCGGGGGAUGGUUCGAGCAGCGAGAGUUCGCGCUUCCUGUCCGUGCUAACGAGGGUGCACUCCCCGAGGAUUGCGUCUAUGACGAGUGGGCCAGAAUACUCUACGAGACCGGGUAUUUAACAGGCUGCACGUGGCGGGUGACGGAACAUUGGAAGGAGUGGCUGCGAGAAGCUGGCUUUACGGAGAAGAUUCACACCCACCAGGUCAAGAUACCCAUCGGAGGCUGGCCGAAGGAUAAGAUCCAGAAAGAAAUUGGGCUGUUCAACCGUCUUUCUAUCGAGACUGGGCUGGAAGGAGCUGCAAUUUAUAUUUGCAAAAUGGUUUUGGGGUGGCAUGAUGUUGAGAUCCAACUGUUCUUAGAGCGGAUGAGGGCGGUUGUCAAGAACCCGAAGAUACAUGCUUAUUUUCCUCUGAAGUCAGUCUGGACUCAGAAGCCUUUCACUUGGGUAGAGAGACAGCUGUGUGUUUAGAUGUGGUUUCUAGAGAAAAGUGGUAUGUCAACCUUGACCUCCAACCUUCGUGAUAGCGUUAAAGGCUCCCCAAUGAGACAGAUGUAAACACAAACUUCACACGAUACUUGCCACAACUCGUCAGUCAUACAUCAACCUCAAACCAGUUCUGCCGAAAAUUCUGCCCAAC